AUGCCAGGUGAAGGAAGAACAACGCCAGUAAACGACCCGGAGAACAAUCCCUUAGAACAAAGGGUCGUAGGACUCGAAUCAAGCAUGCAGGAGAUCUUGAGCCUUCUUCGCACAGCGGCGAGUACUCCUCCUCAACCCCCCCCUGUUCCUCCUGUUCCGGUGGUUCCAGCCAACCCCAUCACACCAAACCCACAAGGGGCCCCCCCUUUGCUCUCCUAUGUUCCUCCUCCCACGUCGAACACCACUACCGGUGCGUUAUCAAUUCCUGAUCUCUUCCCCGACGUCGAUGCCACGAUCGUCGCGUCUAUCGGCAAGCAUGAGUUCAAGCCUCAGCAGCUUGGGAAACUCAUCCCCAGUAUCACCGCGAAGGCUACCACAACCACAUAUGCCCUCGAGGACGGCGCUCUCCGCGCCACGGACACAGCUCCAAUCAAAGAUCUCCCAGAUUUCUCCACCUUCAUGCGCGCUCUCGGGGUUUACUUCCAAAUCCUAUUCAGAUUCGUCGCAACUACGGGCAGCAUCCAGGCGGUCGCUGAUGUGGCAGUUUCCACUCAGGGUUACACCAACCUCCUACAUGAAUACUCGAGGUACUUCAGCUAUCCCGCUAUCCUCACUUAUCACAUCGCACAUCACUCCCGUCGCAUCAGGGAGAUGCUCAGGGGGGACUAUUCCCUUUGGGCAGACGAGGAUCGAGCACUAGUUGGGCAGCUCCACCGAUCGAAUAUCUUCCAGGAGGUAAAGUCUAGCUCCGCCAGCUCGUCCAAGCAAAAGUCCGCCGCCCCCGCAUCGGUGACGCGCGACGUCUCUAGCCAAACCUGCAACCGAUUCAAUGACGGCAGAUGCUCGACGACGCCUUGCAAGUCCGGCCGCAUUCAUAAAUGCUCCGCCUGCGGCUCUACCGCGCACGGCAAGUCGGCUUGUACGCAGGCAUCAUCCAGCACCUGA